CAAGGACAAGAGGGACGGGGCGGGGAGGUCUGGGUUGUUGGUGGACGGGGUCGGGGCAGAGCCGCCUUGGUCCCGGCUCGAGCUGCUGCGGGUCCGGGAUGGCGGCUGGGGUCGGCCCGCCCGGGGCCCGGCUGCUCUGGUUCCUCGGGCUGCUGGGGCUGCUGUCCGCCGCGGCCGCCGCCUGGGACCUGGGCUCGCUGAGCUGCAGUUUCGGCGCCUUCUGCGACUGCGACUUCCGACCCGACCUCCGGGGCCUAGAGUGUGAUUUGGCCCAGCACUUGGCCGGGCAGCAUCUGGUAAGACAACUGGUAAUGAAGGGGCUGAAGGCUUUUGUAGAGAAUCCUGAGCCAGCCAAACCCCUAGUGAUGUCCUUCCAUGGCUGGACUGGCACAGGCAAAUCCUACGUCAGCUCCAUGCUGAUCCAGUACCUGUUCCGAGACGGGAUGGCCAGUCCCCACGUGCAUCACUUUUCUCCUGUCAUCCACUUCCCCCAUGCAGAGCAAAUAGAGCGCUACAAGAGUGACCUGAAGCAAUGGAUCUUGGGAAACCUCACAACUUGUGGCCGUUCCCUCUUCCUCUUUGAUGAGGUGGACAAGAUGCACCCAGGCCUGUUAGGGGUACUCCGUCCCUUCCUGGGACCUUCCUGGGUAGUCUAUGGUACCAACUACCGAAAAGCCAUCUUCAUCUUCCUCAGCAAUGCUGGCGGGGAGCAAAUCAAUCAGCUAGCACUGGACGCCUGGCGUGCCCGGAGAGACCGAGAGGAGCUCCAGCUUGGGGAUCUAGAACCUGCCAUCUCUAAGGCCAUCGUGGACAACCCCCAGCAUGGUUUCUGGCAGUCAGGAAUUGUAGAAGACCAGCUCUUGGACUUGCUGGUCCCCUUCCUGCCCCUCCAGCGCCACCACGUCCGGCACUGCGUGAUCAAUGAACUGGCCCAGCUGGGCCUGGCCCAGCAGCAGGAGGAGGAGGUGGUCCAGGCUGUGCUGGAUGGGACUGCCUUCUUCCCUGAAGAGGAGCAGCUUUUUUCUUCCAAUGGUUGCAAGACUGUUGCUUCUCGAAUCACCCUCUUCCUAUGAGUGGGGCCCUCCCCCCACUCCAUGUAUCAUCAAGUGAGUCUGCCGGGGAGCUUUGGUCCAGACUUGCUGCUGGCAGAAUGACCUUUGCCCCAGGCAUUCCAAAGAGUGCAGACAGGGCAGGCCUGGCAGCCCAAGGAGCAGAGGACUGAGGGCAGAUGGCAGCUCUAGCUCCUGCCACUCUGGGUACCUUCCAGACUGAUGGUGGCAGGGAAGACUUGGAUGUUGCGCUGCUGGUUUGAGGACAUCUUGGCCUCACUUGCCUUCCUGCCCCUCCCCCCCCAUGCCCAAAGCUCCUGGCCAAAAUACUUCAUCUGAGCCAAGUCCAAUUUCCUUUUUCCCAACCCAAAUCUAUCUGAGCCUUAUUUAAACUGAUGCUGUGAUUUGGUGACUCAGGGACCACAUAUGUCAGUCAUCUUCUGCACCCCUACUAGAGGCUUGCAGGACCCCCUGGGAGGCUCAUGUUCUCCUCUCCAGUCUCAUGAAGACUUCACACACCCCCCUCUCUUUCCCCCUUCCCCCAUUCCAAUCUCCUCAUUGCCUGGGGGAACACCAGGAAGCCAGAGAACUUAAUAAGGCCCAACCAUCUUCCCAGCUUCCCACCCCAGCAGGCACAAAGAUGGAGAUUGUGGGACUGCAAACUUUGCUCUUUAACAAAGCCUACUUUAAAUGUUUCUAAUUUUGUAAUGAAGAAAAGGGAGAGGAUACAAAAUAAACUUAUUUAAGGGA